AUGUGUAGAAGGUGUGGAAAAGACAGAAAUGAUGGUGAAAAUCACAAAAUGUGUGAAAUAAAAUGUCAUCAUUGCGGUGGAAUUCAUACAUCUACCGAUUACAUAUGUCCAGUCAUUCAGAAAUAUCGUCGAGAAUUGGUGCUUGAGUUACGAAGUCGUCCUGAUCUUUUACCAGCACAAGCCCAGUUGUUUAUUCCCUCUGAAUGUCGUGAGCCUGGGCAAAGAACUAGAGUGUUAGAAAAUAAAGCAGCUCAACACGAGCAACAAUUGAAAAUUAAUCAACAGCAGCAACGUUCAUGCAUUAAAUUCAAUUGUUCUAAUCAAAAUCAAUGGCCUUCAUUACCUUCUUCAUUAUCUUCACACUCAACCAUAAUAAAUAACAAUCUGAAUGAAACAAUUAAAUCAUUAAGUGAAGAACUACGUAAUUUGAAAGAAAACUAUGCAGCUGUACAACUGAAAAUUGAAGUUAAAUAUAAAAAUCAUAUUAAUUCAAUCAGUCAAAGUUGGCUAUUCAUGCAACAACAAAUUCAGACUCAAAAUGAAAUGUUUUCAGCUAUGAAUGGCGUUAUCAACUCAACUCUAUUCUCGACUUGUUCAUGUGUGACGGAAAGCUUAGCACAAAUCGUAAACAAAUUAAAAACGGAAACAAAUCAAAAUGACUACGACCUACUUCUUCUCGCCCUUCAACAACACCUUCUGCUCAUCAACGAACAUAAAAACACCUACGUUUCCCAUCAAAUGAAUUUAAAUCAACUGAUAAAUAAACAACGGGCAGUAUUAGGCAUUGCUUUGAAUUCAAUUAUACAAAAACCGAAUGGACAGUGA